AUGGAUCGUAUCGCUGACAAAAAGAACAUGAUUAAGAAGGUUGUUAACAAGGAAAACUCUUCCAUCUUCAUCAGCCUUGGCGUUUUUAUCGCUUCCGUCGCCAUUAUCAAGUCCCGUGUUGGUAACUUCCUUGUUCCUCAGCUUUAA